AUGGAGUACUGUUUGAAGGACAUGUCUGAGACGGAAAGGCUGAAGCGGACGACAUUCAUAGCAGUGUUAAUCUCCACCACAGCCGUGUUGUCCUCUGUCGUUACGCUACCAUUAGUGUACAAUUAUGUACAGGCAAUGCAAACCCACAUGUCGAGUGAAUUGGACUACUGUAGGGCGAAAACCCGAGAUUUAUGGGUGGACGUGUUUGCAGCGCAAGAUUCAUUGAAUAUUCAUCGGGCACAGUCACUUUCAGAGAAAGCGGAAUCAAGAGUGCGAAGGGAAUGGUCAUUUGGGCGUUGGAUCGAGAAAGGAGAAAGCAAUGAAUAUGAUGGUAGCGCUUCUUCCUCCACUCGUCCUUUGGGCUAUGAAGAUGUGAAAGUCACAGGAGUUGAGCAGGGAGCUUGCUGCACCUGUCAGCAAGGUCCAGCGGGCCCUCCAGGACCUCCCGGGGACGAUGGUUCGGAUGGUCUCGAUGGACAUCCUGGACGUAACGGCAAACCUGGUAGAAAUGGAGUUGUUCUACCGGCUCUUGGUGCACCACCAGAGCCUUGUAUAAUCUGCCCAACUGGACAACCUGGAUUACCCGGAGCGAUGGGACCUAAAGGACCUCCAGGUCCUCGUGGUAGCCCUGGAAUACCUGGAAGCAACGGAAAGAAGGGUGAACCAGGUAUUAUCGGGCCUCAUGGACCUACCGGUAGACCAGGAAGGCCGGGAGCCAAGGGUCCUAAGGGUGAACCCGGAAGAGUUAUACUGGUUGCCGGACCUGCCGGUCCGCCUGGAACUCCGGGUGAACCCGGUCCGCGUGGACCGAAAGGUGAAAAGGGAAGAGCAGGGCUCCCAGGCAUAGCUGGACAACAAGGCGCUCCAGGAGACCGUGGGAAUUCCGGAACACCAGGUCGACCAGGACAAAAAGGGGAACGCGGCAUACCCGGAGAACCUGGAGUAAAUGGAUCCUGCGACCACUGUCCCACACCAAGGCUACCACCGGGAUAUUGAUAAUUUUUUACGACUUACUAUGUAAACUUAAUAUAUCUGUACAGCUCAGGCAAAU